GCCUGCACGUUGGAUUUUCGAGGCAGAAGCAAGCAGAAGCUGCUAAGCUCAUUCCAUAGUCGGUUGUGUUCAGUGGACCCGGUACUACUCCCACCAGUCUCACCAAAAUAAUAACAAGACAGAGGGACGGAUGAAUUAAGAAAGGUGUCCACCCUAAUCACAUUCAUCUGGCUGGCUCAUUCACAGAUUGCCCGCAUCUUUGGAAAUCCGCGUUUACGGCCCUAAUGAACUAAAAGUUGCGUCUCGGCGUUGUGCCUGGUGCAUUCAAUUCAGUGAUUUUGGUUUACUAGCAGCAACUACCUUUUGAUGGAAAAUUUGACGAAAACUCACUGACAAGAUGCCCAUACUUCCUUGGAGCUUUUUUGCAGUCUGCAUCUACACAUUACACGUAUUGGCUGUUGAUCCCACAGUUUCAGAAGAUUUCGAAUAUUCAGCUGUAACUGAAAUAGCAGCCAACACCUCUGAACCAAAAAGGCAGACUAUUAAGAAAACCGUUAAUCAAGAUGUUGAGUUAUCUUGCCUGGAAGAGGAGAACGUUGAAUGGAAAUUCCGAUCGCUCAACAGUACUGAAUUCAAGCCAGUGGUCUUUGAAUCUUCAACGAUGCUGCUUCCUAACUUAACAGUGAAAUCCCAAGGAGUUUAUACGUGUUACUCAAAGGGAAACUUGGUUGCUGAAUACAAUGUGACCAUUCUUGAGCCAGCACAUUUUGUAAAUACUGGUAAAAUGCAACGGUUUAUUGUAAAACCAGCUGGUAAUAUGGCUCAACUGAAGUGUCGAGCAGGAGGAAAUCCAACUCCAAAUAUAACCUGGUUUAAAAAUGGGAAAGAACCAAAGAGGCAUUAUGGGGAAUACAGACAAAAUCAUUGGUCUUUGAUCUUGGAAGAUCUCGUUACUGAUGAUAGCGGAAACUACACGUGUGUUGUGUGCAAUGAAUUAGCUUGUGUGAACUUUACCUACGUAUUGGGCGUUAUCGAGAGAUAUCACAAUACACCGAUUCUUACACAAAGUCCAGACAACUUAACUGUAUUAACAGGAAGUAAAGCGCGAUUUCAAUGUAAAUUUGUCAGUGAUUUACACCCUCAUAUGACUUGGUUGAAGCUCGCACCAGAAAACAAUUCUUCUGACGAAAUACAGAAGCCGAAGAGUUCUAUUACACCCGAAGAGCUGGAAAUUAGUAAUGUUACUCACGAAGAUGAAGGGUGGUACAUGUGCAUAGCCACAAACAGUUUAGGAAGUACCACCGCUAAAGCGUAUCUAACUGUUGUGGAUGUACUGCCAGAUGCUCACGAGCCCAAGCCGAGUACAUUGAAAAUUGUACUAAUAAUUGCGGCAGUAACCGGCUGCGUAUUUUUGUUGCUGUUUUAUAUUUGCAUUUAUUACAGACAGAGAAUCAAACGAGAAAAACGACAAAAGAUGAUUGCCAUAGAAUCGGCAAGGUCGGCCAUGAUUACCCAAUGGACCAAGAAAGUGAUUAUUGAAAAAAUGACUAAUACUGAAGACGUAUCCGAGCCUCUGCUAAUGCCAGUAGUGAAAAUCGAGAAGCAGAAAGCGCAACUAAACAACACAGGCGAUAAUCUGCUUUCCGAGUAUGAGCUUCCCAUAGAUACAGACUGGGAAAUACCCAGGGAGAAGCUAAUUAUGGGCAAAAAUCUUGGAGAGGGAGCAUUUGGAACAGUGGUAAAAGCGGAAGCUAUCAAUUUACUAAAGCCUGAUAGCCGAGUAACUGUGGCAGUAAAAAUGUUGAAAGACGGUCACAACGAUAAUGAAAUGAUGGACUUGGUAUCAGAAAUGGAAAUGAUGAAAGUUAUCGGGAAAAACAUCAACAUAAUAAACCUGAUCGGUUGCUGCACACAAGGCGGUCCACUGUAUGUUGUAGUAGAAUAUGCUCCUUUUGGAAACUUGAAAGACUUCCUGAGAGAACACCGACCAGCGGCAGGAUACGAAAUUGCAUUUGGCACCGAGCCCAAGGAAAAAGAAGCCUUAACUCAAAAAGACCUGGUGUCUUUUGCCUAUCAAGUAGCUAGAGGCAUGGAAUAUCUAUCUUCCAGAAGAUGCAUCCACAGAGACUUGGCAGCCCGAAAUGUCUUGGUGAGCGAUGACUACGUGUUGAAAAUAGCAGAUUUUGGUCUAGCCAGAGACAUCCAUUGCAACGAUUACUACAGGAAAAAGAGCGAUGGUCGGUUACCGGUCAAAUGGAUGGCACCUGAAGCUCUUUUCCACCGAGUUUACACCACACAAUCCGAUGUGUGGUCUUAUGGAAUUCUUUUGUGGGAAAUUAUGACAAUGGGAGGAACUCCAUAUCCAUCAGUGCCCAGCGUAGAAAAGCUCUUCCAGCUGUUAAGAAACGGCCAUAGAAUGGAAAAACCUCCCUGUUGUUCUACAGACAUUUACUUGCUGAUGCGAGAUUGCUGGUGUUACGAGCCCUACAAUCGUCCAGUAUUUUCCAAGUUGGUUGAAGAUCUGGAUGCCAUUCUUACCAUCACCGCCAAUCAGGAAUAUCUGGAUUUGGGGCUUCCGCAACUAGACACGCCGACGUCGAGCCAAGAGUCGAGUAGUGACGAAGAAUUUCCAUUUUCCCUGUGAAUUUAAACAUGUUUGAAUAGAAAUUUCGAAGAACUUUUUUAUUGUAAAUAUAAAACUUCUUAAAUUGACUGCACCUAGUAUCAAGCCUGAUACAUUUCGGAAAAGAACCGCAAAAUCACUUGAGUAAUCAGAGCCCUGGUAUUUAGUGUAUGACCUCAAAUAUGAACAAUUCUUUGUAUGAAGAAGGUGGUUUUAAGUUGUGGUAAUACCAAAUACUCAACGAUAGAUAGUACGUAUUGAUUCGACCUCUUAGAAAGCAGAACUGUAUAUAAUUUAGGAUUAGUUCCGUUGGGUUGUUUUGGGAUGCACUUUCCCCACAUAAUUAUUUCGAAGAAAUAUCCAAUUUUGAGUGAUUUUCUGUUACUAUUUUGCCAUAAAACAGGAAAAUGUAUAUAUCAGUAUUUAUUAGCUCUUUAAGAAUGCUGCGGAUGUACAAGUAGGCUUAAGAUUACAAUUACAACGCUUUCUAUGCUGUCGAUUUAUGCAUAGGUGCUAUGCUAUAAAUCUAAUUUUUUCAGACGUUGAUCAGAAAAACAACUGAACAUAACUUAUUAAAUCAACCACAAGCUGAAGUAUUAAAUUGCAAUUAAGCGCGCCUUGAACUAAGAAAAACACAAAUUAAUUUGCAUAUCUAAUUUUUUCAAUUUAGCUUAGGAGAAAUCCAUAGUCCCUUGAGUUGAAUUUGGAAUAAUCCCUAAUUUAUUUCGUUUAAUUUUAAUUGACGUCAACCAAAGAGUGCCUUAAAAUCAAUUGUAUGAACGGUUUUGACUGCAAUAAGUAAGAAAUAAGUGUGUGUACUAUUUGAUACUUAAGUGUAAAAUAAAUUGUCAUAAUAAAAA